GUUUAAGUUAGUCACACACAUAUUGAAUGUUCUUAGUCAUUGUUGAAAAUGAUGUUUGUUUUGCACUUGCUAUGUUUCGUAUGUUAUGUUGGUGCAGCCAAUGAUAAUCGUGUAUAUGAUAACCCAGCACCAUGGAUGGACUUUUAUUUAGGAUUUUUAGACAACAACGGCCCAAAUGGUUAUGUCCAAUUAAAUAUAGUCGCAAACGAUUCCGGAUCAUGUAACAUAAAUAUUCCAUUUUUCAAUAUCAGCGAAUCAAUAGCAAUUAAUGACAGUAGUAAAAAUAUUUACAAUAUCAGCAAAGAUAUUGAAAUGAAUAUCACUGGAAUAGAAAGGAAAGGUGUCAAAGUUAGCUGUGAUAUCGAUGUGUCAAUAUAUGCAAUGAAUUACUACAUGGCAUAUUCUGAAGGGUACCUGGCGAUACCAUACAACAGUUUAGGACGAAGAUACAUCGCAGCCACGUAUAGUAAUAUUAACUUCACAAUAAUAAUGCUUAAUAACGUAAGUGUUGGGGUAAUAUGCACAGAAGACAACACCACAGUAACGUUGUUUCUGAAAAUUAAAAAUGGUGUUCUGUAUUUUGGUGGACAUGCGUAUCAAUCGAAUGAUUCUCUAACUGUCAAUCUGAAUGCCUAUGAAACAUUUUAUUUUUCAAAUACACAUGAUCUCAGUGGUACAAUUAUUACAUCAACCAAACCAGUUGCGGUCGUUUCUGGUGGCGAUAUCAGCAUAAACAGAUCAUCCCAAUAUACAGACUACACUACAGAAAUGAUUCUCCCUAGUGAACAGCUUGGGAAAGACUUUGUUGUUCCAUUGUUAUACGAUUCUUUUUGUCUUUACAGAGUACUAGCCGAUGACGACGCAACUGUAACCAUUCAAAACGCAACAAGUAGAAAUACUAAAACGCUUGUGAAAGGGGAGUUUCUGGAAAUUUCAAACUUUACUGCAUCAACCGUUGAGUCUUCUACAGGAGUUCUUGUGCAGUUAUAUUGUGCCAAACUUUACAGCACGUGUAAUCAUGCCAUGACUACAAUCCCAAGUAUUCAACAUUUUAAAACUAGUUAUCAAUUUGCCGUAGUUUCGAACUAUCCACUUGACAGGUUUCCGCCAGAUAACUUUUUUAUCACAAUUAUAAUCACAGCAGACGACAAACAUGAUCUGAUUUUAGACGGGAAAACAGGAAUCAUGUUUAAUGAAAAAUCAAAAAUUAAAUUGGCUGGAAAGAAAUACUCUAUCCUUUCGCAUGAAUUAGUUGUUGGAAUUCAUGAAAUGCAUCAUGCCGAUAGCGUUCCAUUCGGACUUAUCGUGUAUGGACGAAAUCCAUUAGAUGGUUAUGCUUACCCUGCAGGACUUAAACUGAAUCCACAAUAA